ACGAGAUCGGAGAAUAGAAAGCGUACCACGCAGACCAGCGUAGGGAAGACUGAGAGAAGACGGAGAGAAGUACUGUAAUCGUGCAGAGAACGAUCAUCCCGUCCCGCCCCCCCUCUUCUUCUUCGUCUUCUCCUCUUAGGCCUUCUGGAAGGAGGAAAGAAGCCCCUUCCCCGUGUACUCUACUCGUCCGUCCCGACUUCUCUCCCUCUUUCUCUACUACUCUAUUUCCCCCCCUCCCUUCCUCCACUUCUGACUUUCUUCCCUUUGCCCUUUCUCUCUCUCUCUCUCUCUCUCUCUCCAACUCCCUCAAUUUCCUAUUUUCCAUUUUUCUAGAUCCCUCUUCCAUUUUUCCUAUCCCCCAGCUGCCGUCCUCUACGCCUACUCUGACUCGCCCCUCGAACCAUGUCGCCUUGACGACUUCCUUCUGAAAAUCAAUCGGCCUACCGAAAGCGACGACUUCCUUUCUCGUCCCCCCUUCCUUACUCGUCAUAUCUCCGACCGUUGAAAUUGGCCCCCUCUCACGUGCCGGACAUUGAUCUUGAAAUCAUAUUCGCCUUCUGAUUUGAAUCACCGGUCGGGUUGCGCGCAAACGACGCCGAUCCUUAGUGCGCCCGCUGCAUUUGUCUCGGAUCCCCCCCCCCCCCCCCCCCCCCCCCCCCCCCCCCCCCCCCCCAGUCCACAACGCGACUCGGGCUGCCUGCAGGGAAACAAGUGCAUUGUUUGAUUCUGUCCGUUAGGGGGUUGUGGCCGACUCUAGUCGUUCCUUCGCUCGGUGUUUCUCGUGGAUUUCCCUUUGGCGCCGUUGAUCUCGGGUGCGCUUCAUCUCCGACUCGACGCUCGUUAUCUUCUUUUUUUUCCCUUGCCUUGUCUUCUUUGAUCCCGAUCCGGCUCCCGAAACGAUCAUCUACCACGACUCACUUCUCCUCUUUGGACAUUGACAUUUCCGCCCUUUCAUCUUACUUGUCUCAAUCCCAUUCCUCAUUCGCCUCGUCUUCAGAUCGCUCCGACCGUCGCUUCUUGAUUCUCCUCUCCGCUCCAACGCCACAUCCCGGUCAUUUGGAACCCAUAUGCGAAGCAGGGCAGAUCCGAUCGCCUCGUUUUCCUUUUCUCUUCUAUACUCUUGGGUUCAGCCCGGUGAUUCUGGCGGCAGAGCCUAAAUCAGAGCGACCGCAGAACGCCCCUCCCCCCUUGUGAGUGUGACAUGAUGGGAGACCGCGUGGAAUGUAUAGGCGUCUACGUCGACGACCGCGUCCGAUCGGAACGAUGGGUGCGCCGGAAUUCGAUCGAUACAUCAACACUCUCGUCUGCCGGUUCUUUGGGAUUAUCUGAUGAGCCAGACGCUCUACAUGCCGAUAUAGAGCAGCUGUUGCAAGUGUGUAAAAAGAUUUAUCUCUGUCACACCGGAGCAUCCUUUGCGACUAAGCUAGCCGAGCUGAGCGACCAUUCCGGUAGCGAUUGUACCCCAAUAUUUGCAUUUUGUGGCAUUGAUUUCAGUAGCGACGAAUCAAACCUGGCCCGACGGAAAGUCGGUCGCGUUUCAUGGGGUGACACUGCUCCCCCAUCCCCGGGGUCGGUUCAGCGUACUUUUACAUUUUCCUCACAUUCGGAUGAAGCGCCAGGGUUGUCACUCCUCUCGGGCGUCUCCACCGAUAUUCAAGUGCAAGAUGGUCCUAGUCUCGUCGUUCCCAUCGCCCUUUUGCGCGCCGCUGGUUCGGAUGCGCCCAGCGACCCUGCGACAGACCCGACCAGUGAACCUCAAAGUCAAAGUCCGGUCACGUUGGAGCAUAAGCAGAUUGCUCGAUGCCUCGAUGCGGGCGCGAUGGAUGUCUUGUUGACUCCACUCGAUCGAGCCCGCAUCCAGGGGCUGGUGGUCCAUGCGUACCGCACGCGCCGAAAUGCUCAGAAGGAGAUGUCUCGCUUCCUCGCACGGAAGAAGCUGCGCAAGCUGUCGUGGGUGGGAGUGCACGAAGAAGAGCCGUAUUCAUAUUUGAGAGAGGCCAUGGUGUCAAAAUUGAUGAAGGGGAUUUGCAACCCCGAGGAAAUCAUCGACGAGUUCCAAGAACGCGAUAUUCACGUGGACCCCGAACGUAAAGCUCUGAUUAGGGAGCAGGUUGGCAGAUGGGAUUUCUCAGCGCACGAUUUCUCGGAAGACGAGCUGGUCUUUGGUGCCUGCCAGAUGAUCACUCAUGCGUUCAGUCUACCCGGACUGGAACAUUGGCGGCUAACCCCCGGUGACCUGCAAACAUUCCUUCUCGCUUGUAGGGCUGCCUACAACUCUUUCGUCCUCUAUCACAACUUCCGCCAUGCCAUCGACGUUUUGCAAUCAGUGUUUUGCUUCUUGCUCCGUAUCGGCGCUCUACCUCCAUACGACCCGAUUGGACAGACCCCCGUUACGAAAUCCCCCAUUGCCUCCCUCCUCUCUCCCUUUGACGCUCUCACUCUUCUGAUCUCGGCGAUUGGUCACGACGUCGGUCAUCCUGGUGUCAACAAUUUCUUCCUCGUGAAACUCAACGCUCCCUUGGCACAGCUGUACAAUGACAACUCUGUCCUCGAAGCCUUCCAUUGUGCCGCCUUCUCUCAGAUCCUUCGCCGCCACUGGCCUGCUGCCUUCAAGGACAAGCAACUCCGGAAGCUACUCAUCAGCUCUAUUCUGGCGACCGACAUGGGUGUGCACCAGAAGUUUAUGGAACGGAUGGGGUCGCUGCAGGAGAAGUUUUACGCAAACGACAAAUCAGUGGAUGGUUGGAAACCUCAGGAUAUAGAGAUGUACAAGACUCUCGCUUGUGGUCUGCUGAUCAAAUGCGCCGAUAUCAGUAACGUGGCUCGGCCGUGGACGGUCGCCGAGAAAUGGACUGAGAUCCUACAAGAAGAAUUCGCCAACCAGGGUGAGAUGGAAAAAGAAGUCGGUAUGGAGACUGCACUUUUUGGUGGUCCUCCCGAACUAGGCAAUAUCUACAAGCUGGCCACGAGUCAGAUUGGGUUCAUGUCCAUCUUUGCCCUUCCCCUUUUCGAAGGUAUUUCCGAUCUUCUCCCGCAGUUGCAGUUCACGUGCGAACACAUUCGGCGCAACCAGGCACAGUGGCAUGAAUAUGCCAAUCACGAACUGCGCAAACAAGGCUUGUUCGUUCAGGAACAGACAGAGAUUGCGAUUUCGCCUCGCUCUCUUAGCCCACCCGUUCCGGUUGGAGAGUCUAGCGAGAGUACGCCCAGGGCUGUCCCCGUAGAUGAUGAGGCUCCUCCAGAUGACUCUGAUUCCCCUGCAUCCUCGGAUCGCACGGAAUCGCAGUCUCGCGGCUAUAACGAGAAUAACAUCGAGCCAGUCGUUUCACCGGACACUCCGGGUCCGCAAAUCGAGAUUACCGGAACCCCCAUGGCGCCCGAUCUGACCUCAUCUCGAAAGUCGUCCAGUGCCAUGCCUGAUCUCUCCUAUUUCUCUAUCCCGGCGGCACCGCAAUCAGCGCGGGGAUCAUGUGCAACGCAGUACCAAAAUCCCAUUACUGAUAACACCAACCGCCCUUCUGGAGAUCCAGCAGUCUUGGCCGCUGCGUUGUAUGCGACCUCGGCUACAAAUGGCACUCACGCAUCGACAAACACCGAAGAACGCGAUUAUGCGAACGAGCUUUCAUCCAACGACCGACCGAGUAGCUCUCGUCAAGGGCAGCAACCGGGAUCAACGCGUCAUCAUGCGCACCACAGCUCGUCCGUUCGUACAUCUGGACCGUCGAGCUCCAACCGCAAUAGCUGCACUCGGACCCAGAGUGUUAGCACUUAUAGCAACAACAUGACUCCGAUCUCGCCCGCGACCAAUGCGACCAGUUUCUUGCAUGUGGAUAGUGGAGAUGAGAAGCGUGUUUCAGAUGAAAGCGCCCCUCAGAGCGAUCUUGGAGCUUUUGAUGACAGCAGCACUCGUCCUAGCACGUCGUAUGCCUCCCACGCUGGAGACCAGGAGAGCAACUACAGUCGGAGUCCCAGCUUUACCAAGGAUAUAGGACAACCGCGUUCUGAGGAUGGGAACCACCAUGAUUUCUCUCAUCCGGCACUUAAUGGGAUCUCCCGAGGAGUCUCACAACGGUGUCUUACGUCGUCUUCCUAAACGGCGUAGUCGGCUGCGGCUUGCGUUUUGGAAGCGGCGGAAUCACCAUCAGCAGGAGGUCCAUGGUGAAUCUUGAUACACACCUGUUCCUUGUUAAUUGAUGGUUUCUCCCGCUGAUUGGGUGGCUUUAUUAUGCGAUCAUGGUGUCACGAAUGUUGUAUUCUCUUUUUGUCGUCGUUGUGAUGAAUGUCGAGGUUUCGACUGCUGGAUGAUUCUCACGAUCUAAUCUCCUUCUCUCUUGCCAAUACCUUUUCUGCGGCUUUGGACUCGUCUACGAUGUUCUCGAUGGAUAUUCUGUUGAAGCAUAAAAUUGGCAAAAGCAAUUACAAUGAGUUGGUCGUGCUUGUUCAAAACCAAAGUAUAGCAUGUAUGUGCAAACCCAUGCUCUGACGCUGGUGACUUUGUCUCCCACUUUUCUUGCCGAGUCCGGUUUUACUUGACUCUCCUUUUGCAUCGGGUUACGCACCCACUUCUGCUUGGUUCUUGUGAUGAUCAUGGAUAUAUGCUCGACGUUUUUCCAUCAUUUUAUUUUUAUUUGUGUGUUUUAUCCGUUCUAUUUGCACGUGCGCUGUGCUCUUGGAUUCUGCAUUUUGAUAUGGUUUUGGGCCGGUCAUCUUAGAACUUGGAUCAGGGGGCUGGUGGCGUUGGUUCUUACCCUCUUUCUCUGUUAUCAUUUGUCUUGUUUAUUCUUAUCCUGGACUCAUCUGGGUCGGAUCUUGUAUCUAUUCAUCGUCGUAGACGGGAGGGCUAAGCCCAGUUUACGAUCUAUAUUUGUCGACAUAUAUAUGGAACUUUUGAUGUCCG